ACAUACAAAACUCUCAAUAUUGAAGGGAUCUUUUCUCCAACUUGCCUUCUUCGCCUCUUCUUCCUCCCCUCUUAUAAAUUCAACCCCACAAACCCCAGCUCCGAUUUCCUUUUCUUUCCAUUUUUAUCUUCUCCGAUUUUACAAAUAGAUACAUACAUACAUACAAAAUCUGUUUAUCUGUUUAUAUGUAGCUUUUUUCAAUUUUCAUUUCCUCGGCUAAAAAAAGAAAAACAAAAAUGCCAGCUUGGUGGGAUAAAAUAUCUGGGCGGAGCAAAGAUUCAGAACCCAAGUCCGAGAAUUCCGCAAAGUCUUCGUCACUGAAGAAUGAAAGGAAGAGAGAGAAAGAAAGCGGAAAUCGGAAAGAGAGUAAAGCAAGGAGCUUUGACGAGGUCCUCCUGCCGCCGCCGCCGCCGCCGUCGGCGAAUUCGCCGAGAAAGAGCAGAGAUUUCUCCGCCGUAGGAGGAAUCUCGACCGGGUUUUCCGGCUUCGAUUCGGCUUCGUCUUUGGAUAGAGGACACCCUUUACCUCGGCCUCUGGAAUCGCCGAAUAGCGAUCUGCAGGGUCAGGUUUCGGGUUUCGGGUUCGGUACCGGAUCGGGUUCGGUUUCCAGUGUCAGCUCAUCCGGGUCGUCUGAAGACCAGCCCCAUAUCACUUUUGAUCAUCCUCCGAUUAGAGGACAGGUGGAUAACAACAGAUUAAGUCCGUCCCUACGAAGCCCGGGCCGAGGAUCGAGGUGCACCACGAGCGCCACGUCGCCACGUCAUGCACGCGUAGGUGGCGGCGGUAUUCAUUUGGAUUGCCCGAAACUCGAAGAAGGAAGGAAUGAAUGUCAUAGGCUGCCCCUUCCGCCCGGUUCUGCUCCAGCCAGCCCUUCUGCGCUGCCCACCCCGAGAAGUCCCGGAAGAAUGGAAUGCUCGUUUAUUCAUUCUUCCAAAUGGCGAAAAGGAAAGCUUUUAGGGAGGGGCACUUUCGGGCACGUUUACCUCGGCUUUAACUGUGAAAACGGGCAAAUGUGUGCAAUAAAAGAAGUUAAAGUCGUCUCAGACGAUCGAUCAUCGAAAGAAAGUCUCAAGCAGCUGAACCAGGAGAUAACUUUGCUGAGUCAGCUCUCGCAUGCAAACAUUGUUCAGUAUUACGGAAGUGAGCUGAGUGAAGAAAGAUUAUCGGUUUAUUUAGAGUAUGUUUCGGGUGGUUCGAUCCACAAAUUAUUGCAAGAAUAUGGAGCGUUUGGAGAGCCCGUUAUACAAAAUUACACACGUCAGAUUCUUUCUGGACUUGCUUAUUUGCACGGACGAGAUACAGUGCACAGAGAUAUCAAAGGAGCAAAUAUUUUAGUUGAUCCGAACGGUGAAAUAAAGCUUGCUGAUUUUGGCAUGGCUAAACACAUUGCUUCAUGUUCUUCGAUGCUGUCUUUCAAAGGAAGUCCUUACUGGAUGGCACCUGAGGUUGUAAUGAACACAAAUGGAUACAGCCUUCCGGUGGAUAUAUGGAGCUUAGGAUGUACGGUUCUUGAAAUGGCAACUUCAAGACCACCUUGGAGCCAAUACGAAGGGGUUGCUGCUAUAUUUAAAAUCGGUAACAGCAAAGAUGCUCCGGAGAUUCCGGAUCACUUAUCUGCCGAUGCGAAAAGUUUCAUAAGGCUAUGUUUGCAGAGGGAACCAUCUGCUAGGCCCACUGCAGCACAAUUACUGACUCACCCUUUCGUUAGAAACCAAAUUACAGUGAGGGCAACCAACGUCAAUUUAACCCGCGAAGCAUUUCCUCGUGCCUUUGAUGGAAGCCGCACCCCGACUGCUUUAGAGUUGCGAUCCAAUAGAACGAGCAACAGUUCUUUCGAAGAUACUUCAAGAUCGGCAGCAUCGAGGACAUUAUUAAGCCCGAGGGACAAUGCAAGAACAAUUGCGUCAUUGCCCGUUUCGCCCUCGUCGAGCCCACUACGAAGCGACGGAGCAGCAUACAGAAACUUCUUUCUCUCUCCUCCGCACCCCUCUUAUGCUUCUGUUGGGCAAAACGGUCAUAAUAAUAAUAACUACAACGAUCACUCCUUAUUUCCGUUGAGGCCCAAUUCAAGAACGGGUGCUGAUCCAUGGCCCGAAAUCCCGCAUUUUGGAGCUCAAACGCAUGCUAGAUCACCCAUUAGAACCCAGCUGUCGGGCCCGUAAAAAAAAAUAUAAUUACAGAAAUACCCCCCGUUCUCGAGAAUUUCACGAGCUAAUUAAAGAAUUUGUUCGACAUUGUUCUGUAUUGCCUUUUUCUUUUUGUUUAUUUCUGAAAAUAUUUAGUAGGAUUCGGUGAAGCAAGAUGGAUAAAUUUCUAUAUGUGAUUACUUUUUAAUUUUUUCCCUAGAUAGAUCUUCUUGUAAAUAUAGAUGGGCUAAUAUUGCUAAUAAUGAGACUAUGAUUACUGGUUAAUUAUGUUUUUUUUUUUAAUAUUUUAAAUGAA